AUGGGUCUCGUUUUCAAUGUCUUCCUCGCAGUAUUUGCGGCCACUGGAAGCUUUUUGUUUGGGUAUGACUCUGGAGUUAUGACGAUAGUCAUUGGGUCUCCCAAUUUCCUCUCUUUCUUCGGAACUACCAAAACAUCGCCGAUCAUAGGAGCUAUCAAUGCAACGUUCUCAGGAGGCGCGGUGUUUGGCUCGUUGAUGGGAGGUUUUACGAUGGACAGUAUUGGCCGUCGCAAGACAAUCCUCAUUGGUGGCGUCAUCAACCUCAUCGGUGCUGUACUUCAAUGUUCAGCUCAGCACCUCGGAAUGAUCCUCACUGGACGGAUCCUGGCAGGCUGGGCUGUCGGUUUGUUGAGUAUGUCUGUACCUGUCUAUCAGACUGAAUGCGCGCAUCCAAAGACUCGAGGUCUCAUCGUCGGUCUUGCUCAGCAGAUGAUUGGCGUUGGUUACAUCGUGUCGACGUGGAUAGGCUAUGGCGCCUCCAAAGUUCCGGCGACUAGCUCUUUCUCGUGGCGUUUUCCGCUUGCUUUCCAAUGCGUCCCAUGUCUAAUCAUCAUCUGCGGUAUCAUGUUCUUCCCCGAAUCGCCGCGAUACCUGAUGGAGAAAGAUCGUGCAGAUGAGGCUUUGAGGGUGUUGAGGAAACUCCACUACGACGGCACUAACGACGAGUGGAUCCAAUCCGAGUUUAACGAGAUCAAGUUGACAAGCGAAGCCGAGAAAGCGAUCACCGCGCCUGGCUGGAAAGUCAUGUUCACCGUCAAGCCAUGGCGAAAGAGGCUGAUGCAUGCCACAUUGGCUCAGGUGUUCACGCAGAUGACCGGUAUCAACGUUAUCGGAUACUAUUCCUCCAUCUUGUAUGAUAACCUAGGCAUCACUGGCGAUCGCAACACACUCGUAAUCGGCAUCUAUAACCUUGUUGGACCAAUCUUCAACCUCAUCUUCAUUAUAUUCUUCCUCGACCGCGUUGGACGCAAGAAGCCCCUCAUCUUUGGAACCAUAGCCAUCUCCAUUGCGCUCGUUUGUGAGGCGGUACUGAACUCCCAAGUCGCCGGUGCUACAGGAUCGAAAAAGAACGGGCUCUCGGGGGCUGGUGUCUUCUUUCUGUUCUUGGUGUCCUGCAUCUUCAGCGUGUCAUUCGGCCCAAUCUCGUGGGUCUAUGCAUCCGAGAUCAUGCCGCUUAGUAUCCGAGGACGCGGUUCUGCCUUUGCGACAGGAAUUGGCAACUGGUUAGUUGGUACGGUGUGGUCGCAGGUCUCGCCAAUCGGUCUUGGAGAGAUCUCCUGGAAGUUCUACUUUAUCUUCGUGGCCUUCAAUCUCUGCGAGACAAAGCAGCUUACUCUCGAAGAGAUCGAUCUACUCUUCGGCGAACGUGCACUGGGAACGCUGCCAGACAACCUGGACGACAAACAGAAACAGAUUGAGUUGGAAAGGAUUGACGCUGCGAAGAAGCACCUCGCGGGCCAUACUGUGACAGCGGUGCACUAG